CUACGUGAUCCGUUCCACUCGUCAUCGCCGCCGCUGAAGCUGAGAUUCGGUUCGAUCGAACAAAGGAGGGCGAGGAGACAAGAGCGGUGCAUUCUCAGCCUCAGCUACCAUUCCACACAGUACACACACUGCAGCUCUACCACGUCCUUCUACCACCUCUUCUUCUUUCAGCGAGGGAGAGCAGAGAAUGACAACCGCCCUCUGGCUAUCCAAACGCCUAAUCUCCAGCACUUCGAGCACGAACCACACCGUUAACGGCAUUAGGAUUAGUAACAAGACUUUCGGGGCCAUAAACACGCACUCGCUACGCAACCUCGUAUCCACCACCAGUACCACCAGACCCACCUCUUCCUCGCCUUGCUCGACAAGAGUAGCAGCGAAACAAACUUUAGCGUCAACAUCAGCAGUAUCGACGGCUCAUAUCGCCAUGUGUCGGACCCACCCUACUACGCAGCUCAAUCAGGGGACGAGGAGGAACUUUUCAGUGUCCAGCGCGGUACUUGGCAACUUGUCCGGCUCCUCAGCUCCCUCCGGCUCGACAUCCGCCCCUACCCCCAACCUGAACUCGGAAACCAACAUCACCCGAACCUCCCUCUACCUCCCCCCGACCGAGACCCGUCCGCACCGCCUCCUCACCCUUCCCAACAAGCUCGAGAUCAUCCUUAUCUCCGACCCCGAGGCAGACAAGUCCGCCGCAGCUCUCGACGUUGGAGUAGGGCAUUUGGAAGAUCCGGCGAAUUUGCCCGGGUGUGCGCAUUUUUGUGAACACAUGAUGUUCUUGGGGACGAAGACGUUCCCUAAAGAGAAUGCGUAUAAUACGUAUUUGACGAGUCAUAAUGGGCAUUCGAACGCUUAUACGGAUCUUUGUAAUACCAACUACUACUUCGAAGUCGCCCCGAACGCUCUUGAGGGCGCCCUAGAUAGGUUCGCAGGGUUCUUCUCGGAACCCCUCUUUGCCGAAGACUGUACCGAGCGGGAAGCCAACGCCGUCAACUCGGAGCACAAGAAGAACCUGCAGAGCGACAUGUGGCGGUUCUACCAGUUGGAGAAACACCUCUCUUCCCCCGAACAUCCUUAUCACAAGUUCGGGACGGGUUCUCUGGAGACGCUCUGGACCACGCCAAAGUCCCAAGAUCGGGACCCGAGAGCGGAGUUGAUCGAAUGGUGGAAGAAGGAAUACUGUGCCAGUCGGAUGAAACUGGUCGUCCUCGGAAAGGAGGAUCUGGACACGCUCGAAGGCUGGGUCAGGGAGAGGUUCGAAAAGGUGGAAUACAAGGGGAAGGAAAAGGUCAUGUACAGCGACAAGGUGUUUGAAGAGGGACAGAUGGGACACAUUGUCUUUGUCGACCCCGUUAAGGAUACCCGAGGGAUGGAGAUCACCUUCCCGUUCCCGGAUCAGCGACACUUUUACAAGUCGAAACCCGCCUCGUACCUCGCCCACUUUUUGGGUCACGAGGGGCCCGGAUCGAUCUUGUCCUACUUGAAGCGACGGGGGUGGGUCAACAGCCUGCGUUCGGGAGCACAGAAUGGGAGCAGCGGGUUCGAGCUUUUCAAGGUGACGGUUGAUCUCACCGAGGACGGAUUGGCCAACUACGAAAAGGUCGCUCAAGCGGUGUACAAGUACAUUCACCUGCUGAAAUCGCAGCCUCCUUCGGAAGAGGCCUUUAACGAAAUCAAGGCGUUGGCCGAGAUUGGAUUCAGGUUUGUCGAGCGUGGGGGAGCUUCGAGCUACGUCUCGGACCUCGCUCGUCAGCUGCACCAACCGGUCCCUAGGGAAAAGAUCAUCUCUUCCCAAUGGCUCGUCGAGGAGUUUGACGCGGAAGAGAUCCGAAGGUCGCUCGACCUGUUGGACCCUAGACGGAGCAAUAUCGCCGUGUCCGCCCGUAAAUUGCCCCCGGGUGUCGAGGGGACGUUCGAUCUCACCGAACCGAUCUAUGAGACCAAGUACAAGCGGAUCAAGAUGAGCCAGACAUUCAUCGACGAGGCUUUGAACGGGACCCUGCCAGAGCUGCAUUUGCCGGGCAAGAACGCGUUCAUCCCGGAGAACCUCGACGUCGAGAAGAUCGAGGUCGACAAGCCAAAGGUCGUACCGGAUUUGAUCAAGGAUACGCCGCUGUCCAAGCUGUGGUAUAAAAAGGACGACCGAUUCUGGAUCCCUCGAGCCAACGUGUUCCUGUCCCUGAAGACUCCUUUACUGCAGGUUUCGCCUCGCAACACGGUCCUCGCCAGACUCUUUGUCGACCUCUUCCGCGACUCGAUCGCAGAAGAGACCUAUGAUGCCGAACUGGCGGGUCUGCAAUUCUCGAUCGAUUACGCCGGGGAUUCGCUCACCGUCGGGACCGUCGGUUACAAUGACAAGCUUCCGGCGAUGACUGAAAAGAUGUUGAACCUGAUGCGAUCGUUCAAGGUGGACCCGUCUAGAUUCGAAUUGAUCCGGGAUCAGCUCCGACGCAGUUGGCAGAACAUGAAGAUGGAAGAGCCAUACCAACUCGUCUCAUACUACGCUCACUACGCCGAAUCCGAGUAUAUGUGGACCAUGCAAGAAAAGGGGGAAGAGCUAGAGUACUGUACACCCGAGGCGGUCGACCAGUUCGCCAAGGAAAUGUUCGAGAGGAUGUACAUCGAGGGACUGAUUCACGGUAACAUGGACAAGGAGAACGCUCUUGCACUUCAGUCGAUGGUCGAAUCUGUGCUGAAACCCCGUGUUCUCACUGCAUCGGAAAAGAUCGGCGAGAGGUCCAUGUUGCUUCCCGAGGGUUCGGCUCACGUCUGGAAUAUCGAGGUAGCCAACCCGUCAGAAGUCAACUCGGCUAUCGAGUACUAUUGCGAAGUUGGCGACAUUCAGGACGAUGUCUUGAGGCCGCAGCUUUCCCUCCUCGCAUCUCUCAUCUCGGAGCCUGCUUUCAACGUCUUGCGAACCAAGGAGCAGCUCGGUUACAUCGUCUUUGCCCUGCCUCGAGCGUCGACGGGUACCAUGGGUAUGCGUUUCCUGAUUCAGAGCGAAAAGGAUACGGUCUACCUGGAGACUCGAGUAGAGGCGUUCUUUGAUUACAUGAAGGAAUUUUUGGACAACUUGUCCGAGGAAGAGUACGAAAAGCACAAGGCGGGAGUCAUCCACAAAAAGCUCGAGAAGCCUAAAAACUUGCAUGGCGAGAGCUCGAGAUUCUGGACCGCCGUUGAAGAUGGUUACUAUGAUUUCGAGAGGCGUUUCAGAGACGCCGAGUUCACCAAAAGCAUUCCCAAGCAGGACAUCAUCGACCUCUUCAUGUCCCGCGUCCACCACAACUCGCCGAUCAGGAAAAAGCUUAGCAUUCACAUGCGCUCCACCUACAAGGGUGUCAAGUUCGACCCUGCCCGCGCGACGCCCAUCAUCGAGGCAUUCGUGGCCAAGAAAGUGCCCGUCUCGCAAGAAGACCUCGGCGCCCUGCUGGCCAGCUCGCCGGGUCUCCCUGAAAUCCAAAAGUUUGCUCGGGACUGUCUCGCACAAGCUGAUCACCUGAGUGAGGAAGACAAGGCCGCCCUGGACAAGCAAGUGGCGGAUCUCGACACUGUCAAGGUCGCCCCGGGCGAGAAAGAAGCCAAGCUUAGGGACGGCAACAUCGUCAUUGAUGACAUUGUGCAUUUCAAGGCUGGACUGCGCCCGUCGAGAGCGCCGGUGCCUUUACGCAAGUUUUCGGUUGUAUAAUUCAUACCUUACGCUAGACCCAUCACGACUCGCUGCAUGUACACACCCUUUCAUCACGAAUAGCAUAAUACAAUCAGUAUGCAAGCCGGG